GUGCUGUUGAGUGCAGGAGCGGGGAGCUGGGGGCGGUCCUGUCCCACCUCCAGAGAGGCAGGAAACUUAACCAAGAUGUUUGGUCUUUCCCACCACACCACCCGCCCCAUCUCCACAAGUGUUUCCACUACCAUCAGGAUAUACUGUAGAGCUGAGAACUGGCUAACGCAGGGGACUGCACCUAUGUGGACAAUACCCAGAAGAUAUUAUGAAAGUAGUAGUUGUGGUAUUACUGCUGUGCUGCUGGGACAGUGCCCAGGGAGAACAGGGUGACAGAGAGCAGGCCUGCCAUGCCGUUGGGGCGCGGAGCUGUGACGAGUGCCUGGCGUUGGGGCCACAUUGUGCCUGGUGCUCAAACGAGAGUUUCAAUAAGUCUGGCUGGUUCACCUGGGAGCGCUGUGACACUGUGAGUGCUCUAAUAGAGAAGGGGUGCCCCCAGGGUCAGAUCGAGGACCCCCGGGGAGACACCAUGCUCCUGCUCAACCAUAAUGUCACGUCCCACCACGGGGAUCAGAAUCAGCAUGCAGCCAAAGGCACCGUCCAGCUGCAGCCACAGAAGGUCCGGCUGCAUCUGAGGCCAGGGGAACCUCAGACUUUCAAGGUGAAGUUUAAGCGAGUGGAGGGCUACCCGAUUGACCUGUACUAUCUCAUGGACCUGUCCUUCUCCAUGGAGGACGACCUGCUGAAUGUGAAGCAGCUGGGAACGGAUCUGAUGAAGGAGAUGGGAAAUAUCACACAGGAUUUCCGAAUGGGGUUCGGCGCGUUUGUGGACAAGACGGUGAUGCCGUACAUCAGCACCACGGAGUCCAUGCUGCAGAACCCCUGUAAGAGACAGGAGCCCCAGUCCUGCGCCCCGGCCUUCAGCUUCCGCCACGUCCUCAGCCUUACCCAAAACGGAAGCCUGUUCGGUGAGCUUGUGGGCCGCCAGAACAUCUCAGGAAACCUGGACUCGCCUGAAGGGGGGCUGGAUGCCCUGAUGCAGGUUGCUGCGUGCGAGGAAGCAAUUGGCUGGAGGAAUGUGACCCGCCUACUCGUAUUCUCCACCGACGCCGGCUCCCACUUCGCAGGAGAUGGGAAACUGGGCGGGAUCGUGCUGCCCAACGAUGGGAAAUGCCACCUGGAGAACAACAUGUACACCAUGAGCAACCAUUAUGACUAUCCCUCUGUGGCUCACGUGGCCUACAAGUUGAAGCAGAAAAAUAUCCAGACCAUAUUUGCUGUGACCCAGGAUGUCCAACACUUGUACGAGGGUUUAAAAGGCAUGUUUCCAAAGUGCGCUGUUGGAACCUUGUCAAACAACUCCCACAAUAUCCUGCAGUUGAUUGUUGAUGCUUACAAUGCCCUGACCUCAGAGGUUAUUAUGGAUAACAGCAACCUGCCAGAGGGCUAUCAGAUAGCAUUCAGCUCCUCCUGCAAGGACCAUGUGCUUCGGACCGGAGAGGAGGGUCGAAAGUGCUCAAAUAUCUCCAUUGGUGAUGAGGUGAGCUUCCACGUGAGCAUCACGGCGACGGGGUGUGAGGGUGGCAGUGGGGAGUCACGCGUGUUCAUCAAGCCCCAGGGAUUUAGUGAGGUGGUGGAGGUCUUGCUGCAGCCGGUGUGCCAGUGCAACUGUUCCCAGUACAGACAGCCCCUCAGUCCCAGCUGUAACAGUACAGGGACUCUAGAGUGUGGGGCCUGCAGGUGUAAGGAGGGUCACAUUGGCACAUUCUGCGAGUGUGAUGAGGACGCAUUGAAUAAUGGGGACAUGAAUGGCCAGUGUCGGCGGAACAACGCCUCAGAGGUGUGCAGCGGACAUGGGGACUGUGUCUGCGGGAAAUGUGUGUGUCACAAGAGCAGGAGGAAUCCUGACCACAUGUAUUAUGGGAAGUACUGCGAGUGUGACAACUUCCAUUGUGACCAGUACCAGGGCCUGCUCUGUGGAGGACAGGGCAAGUGCAAGUGCGGCGUGUGCCAGUGUUUCCCAGGGUUCACUGGGAGCGCGUGCGAGUGUCCGCUCAGCCUGCAGCCGUGUCUGUCCCGCGCCGGCUUCCUCUGCAGCGGCAGGGGACGCUGCGUGUGCGGCACCUGCGUGUGCGAGGACGGCCGCUUCCAGGGCCCCACCUGUGAGAUCUGCCCCUCCUGCCCCGACGUCUGCACUGAGCACAGGGAGUGCGUCCUGUGUCGGGCCUUCAGACAAGGCCUUGGGGAGGAGGAGUGCGACAGGGACUGCAACCAUCUUAACCUCACACUGCUAGAGGAGCUCGCUCACCUGCCCCAGGAGAACCAUAACGCCGGGCUCCACAGGUGUAAAGAGAGGGACGUGGAUGGCUGCUGGGUGCACUUCCUGUACCAGGCGGAGCACAGAAACCAGUCUGCCCACAUCCAUGUUGCUCUUGAGAGAGAGUGUCCCUCGGGCCCUGAUGUGGUACUCAUCACUGCCCUGGUGUCUGGUUCCAUUGUGCUUUUGGGACUGGUGCUGCUGCUGGUGUGGAAGCUCUUUACCACCAUCCAUGACAGGAGGGAGUUUGCACGCUUCCAGACAGAACUGGUGAAGGCCAAGUGGGACAUGGAUGAUAACCCAAUCUACAGGAGUGCCAUUACAACUGUUCACAAUCCCAAGUACAAGGCCCAGUGACCACUCCUUUCUUUGGCAACAGAAAAUACACAAAGGAAGUGUUUCCUCAUUCAUGUUUCUCUUUAGUGGCUGAAUUCCCUUUAUAAAAAUUCUGCCCAAAUAAAUCCAACAGGGGGAAAAGGGAUAGCAGGUGGUCCCUUUGAUUUGUUUCUAUAUCUGUAAACAAUGAGGUGUAUUGGCUUUAAACAUCAAAGCUAUGUGCCCUGAGUAGGGGGCGAGCAUAUGAAACAGGAUGCGAGUGUCGGACUUACUUCCCUUUUUGGCACAUGUUUGUCUGAAUUGCAGUGUGGUCUGGGCCAGCUCUCUCUCUGGCUUGGCAGCCAGUUCCACAACACCGAUGAAUGCACCACUAGUUCAUAACCAGACCCCUUCCAGACACUCCUCUGUACAGCCUUGAUUAACUUGCUGACGUGUCAAGAUCUUGUUUUGAGAUUUCUGGGAAAUGGAAUGUAAAGUGCGCUUAUCAGUUAUGUGAGCUUGCGGUCAUGCACGCUGGUGUACGGGUGUUUUUUUUGUUUGUUUUUCUUUCCUCCCCCAUUUGGGCUGGGCAAUUAUAAUUGCAUGUCUGUCUCAUUGCUGCCUGUUGUGCCUUGUCAAUUUGUGUGAGCGCAGACUAGCAAAUUAGUCUUCUGAAAUACUUGUAGCUCACUUCUGUUUCUUUCCGAAACUUUCCGAAAUUCUGAAACUCACCAGCUAAGCUGUGCAGCUAUUGCACCAGAGAACUGUGCAACUGCGUAGCUUGUGCAUGGAAGGCCGACAGGGAGUCAACCAACCAGAGGAGCUGCUGUUGCAUCAUAAAUCAGCUAAACCCUCUCAGGUCCCCUUGCCACUGUCAGAACUGACAAUCAAGACUCAAUAUGGACUGUUGAGCACAUUAUUGAACCAAGAACAAAUGAUUUAGCUGGACAAGCCACCUGGAGAGUAUUUCUGAGUGUUAUCUAUACUUCCGGCAGAGUAUCUUUGGAAAUCUGAGAUAAAAGAAAAAAGAAAUCUCAGAUAAGCUGCACAGUAUCUUUGAGGAUCUCAGCUGAGAACCAAGGUGUUGGCAUGACCUACUUCCCCAAACUUUAAAGAUACUGUAACUGAAAAUUCGGCCAUUGACUUGAUCUUGAUUAUUGACUGGUUGCUCAUUCACAAUGUUAAGGUCUUCCUCAAUACUUUCCUACUGCAUCGAGAGGGACAUUGGCAUUACUAAUCUCUUAUCUGAUUGGUUCAAACAAUGAGUAUGCUGCAUCUUAAUAUUAUUGGUGCUGUCGGAUUAUUAUACAGAGCAGCACUGCCCUCUAGUGAGUCCUGGUAACUGCUCAGCUCUUGCCUUCUUGCUAUCACAGAAAAAUAUGUUGUGUAAUCCCUCAACACACCACGGGGUAGUGAUAGAAAUGGGAAGUCCUGUUGUCAUGUGAUCCCCUGCUUCUCAAAGCACUGCAUAUGCAAAUAAACACUGAUGCUGUAUGUGCCAACCUGUGAAAUCGAGCUCCUGCAGUACUAUUUCUGCUAGAAAUAAUCUCUACAUAAAUACAUGGUGGUUUAUACAUCAAUGAAAUAUGCAAAGCUGUGUGCAUUCAAAUGAACCUGCAUGAUUACUCUGAAUUAGUCACUUUGCUUGUGCAUAUGCGAAUAAUUACACACUUUUUGGAAUGUUACCUCUAGGACUUGGCUCAGUGUAAAACUCAUUUCCCCUUCUCUGGUGGUUCCUGUCAAUCAUAACUCUCUUUAAAAAAAUAAAAACAUUUUUUUUAAAAGCUGA